CUCAAAAUAUGACGAUCCUUAACAAUUUGGUUUCUUCCAUCUCUUUUCAUAUCCAAAUUAUAAAUUUUUUUCUUCAUUUUUCCUUCUUUCGUGAUCUAAACCCACUUCUGAAUUAGUCCUUUUUUAAUUCAAGUGUGAUGCAUGGUUUCCUGAUGUUAUAUAUGCAAGUUAUAGUGUCCCUCCAAAUAUCACCUCUUACCAAUAAACAUCGUUAACCUUAGAACAGCACCACCAUGGCUCCCUCACCCUCUUCCAAGAGGCACCCACUCUACCGAGGAAUCCGUUCCCGGGGAAGAAAAUGGGUCUCCGAAAUCCGCGAGCCACGCAAGGCCUCCCGCAUAUGGCUCGGCACCUUCCCCACGCCGGAGAUGGCCGCCGCCGCCUACGACGUCGCAGCAUUGGCCUUGAAAGGCGACGGCGCUGUUCUCAACCUCCCUCACUCCGUCUCCAAGUAUCAAAUCCCUGCAACCAACUCUGCGGCGGAUAUCCGAACUGCUGCCUCCGCUGCGGCCGCAAUGAUGAAGGCUGAAACGGAAUCUUCCCACAACAUUGCAUCACAAACUGAAACUACCCACAUCGAUGCUACAACCUGGAGGUUUGAAAAUGAUUUCCUUGACGAGGAAGCCAUUUUCGGCAUGCCAAGUCUUCUGGUUGACAUGGCCGGGGGAAUGCUUCUGUCGCCGCCCAGAAUGAGCCCGCCACCGUCGGAUAACUCGCCGGAGAAACAAGCUGCAGAGACUUUGUGGAGUUAUUUUUGACUUACGAAC